UCAUGAAAUUGGUAGGCUCACCGGCUCAGCUUCAGGUCUUCUUUGCCUUCACAGAGGGUGUGAAGGUGCUGCCCAAUGCCAUUGUGCAAUCAGUUGGAGUCAGCGGUGGCAGGUUACUCAUCAAGCUGAAAGAUGGCCGGAAGGUAGAAACUGACCACAUAGUGGCUGCUGUGGGCUUAGAGCCCAAUGUUGAGUUGGCUAAGACUGGUGGACUAGAAAUAGACUCAGAUUUUGGUGGCUUUCGGGUAAAUGCAGAGCUCCAAGCACGCUCUAACAUCUGGGUGGCAGGAGACGCUGCAUGCUUCUACGAUAUAAAAUUGGGUAGGAGGCGGGUAGAGCACCAUGAUCAUGCUGUUGUGAGCGGAAGAUUGGCUGGAGAAAAUAUGACUGGAGCUGCUAAGCCAUACUGGCAUCAGUCAAUGUUCUGGAGUGAUUUGGGCCCUGAUGUUGGCUAUGAAGCUAUUGGUCUUGUGGAUAGUAGUUUGCCCACGGUUGGUGUCUUUGCAAAAGCAUCUGCACAAGAUAACCCGAAAUCUGCCACAGAGCAGUCAGGGACUGGUAUUCGAUCAGAGAGUGAGACAGAGUCAGAGGCCACAGAAAUCCCUGUUCUUCCAAGCAACCCUGGGGUCCUCCAGGUCCCUGUCGAAGGGGAGGACUACGGGAAAGGUGUUAUCUUCUACCUCAGGGACAAAGUGGUGGUGGGGAUCGUGCUGUGGAACAUCUUCAAUCGAAUGCCAAUAGCAAGGAAGAUCAUUAAGGAUGGUGAGCAACAUGAAGAUCUAAAUGAAGUAGCUAAACUAUUCAACAUUCAUGAAGACUGAAGCCCCCCAGUGGAAUAAGCAAGCACUUUGCUGUCCCUGACAGCAGUUUGGAUGAUUAAAGGAGCAUUUUUUUAUUCCUCCGUGUGUAUGAGUGUGAAUGAUCAUGUCCCUUGUGAAUAUUUCAGCGAUGUAGGCAUAUUCUUAAUGUUCACAUUACUAAAUAAAACCUGAUUCUUCUAAAUUAAA